AUGGUAGUGGAGAAAGCGGGCUCAAGCUCCUCAAAGCCCAUAGGUGACAGGUGCCCCCAGAAGCAGGAGCCACUGGGGCACGCGAAGAAAAACAAGCAGCAGGUCUCCGACGGAUUCACUGUUAAAGCCAUGAUGAAAAAUACUGUGGUACGAGGGCCCCCACUUGCAGGAGCAUUUAAAGAAAGACCAACAAAGCCCACAGCAUUUCGCAAGUUUUAUGAUCGAGGAGACUUCCCAAUUGCCCUUGAGCAUGAUACUAAAGGAAACAAAAUCGCCUGGAAGGUAGAGAUCGAAAAGCUGGACUAUCAUUACUAUCUACCUUUGUUUUUUGAUGGGCUUUGUGAAAUGACAUUUCCAUAUGAGUUUCUUGCUCGUCAAGGAAUCCAUGACAUGCUGGAACAUGGUGGAAACAAGAUCCUUCCUGUCAUUCCUCAGCUCAUUAUCCCAAUAAAAAAUGCACUGAACCUUCGUAACAGACAGGUUAUCUGCACCACGCUGAAAGUCCUCCAGCACCUGGUGGUGUCAGCUGACAUGGUGGGGAAGGCCUUGGUGCCCUAUUAUCGACAAAUCCUCCCAGUCCUAAACAUCUUUAAGAGUAUGAAUGUUAAUUCAGGUGAUGGGAUAGACUACAGCCAGCAGAAGCGUGAAAAUGUUGGAGAUCUGAUUCAAGAGACACUGGAAGCCUUUGAACGCUACGGUGGAGAAAUUGCUUAUAUAAACAUUAAAUACAUGAUCCCUACUUACCAGUCGUGCAUAUUAAACUGA